AUGGCGAUUAGGUCACUGAUAACCAUUCAUCUCAGAAAUAACAGUUUCUACAGCUAUAAACUUCAAUUCGAAGGAAGAAACCUCUUUAAACUCAUAUCCUCACCAUUAUCAAGCAAUAAACCCAGUUAUAUUCAUUAUAAAAGUAGCAGUAGCAGCAAUGACAAGACCCUUGAAACUGAAAUUUUGAGACUGAAAAGCCGUAGCAGAAGCCCCACCACACUACUUCAAAAUUGGAUCAACAACGGUAACAAGGUUAAAUUCUCCCAGCUCAAUUUGAUCUCUAAACAACUCCUCAAAUCUAAGCGCUUCAAACACGCCCUUGAGAUAUUACAAUGGAUGGAACAUCAAAACAAUUUUCGCAUUACGCCAAGGCAUCAUGCUUUAAUGAUGGAAUUAAUUGUUAAAGUGGACGGUUUAAAUAAGGCUGAAGAGUAUUUUGAACGAAUUUCCGAUUCGGGUUCUAGAAAAGUUGCGUCUUUGCCCCUUUUACAUGGUUAUGUGAAAGAAAGAGACAUUGGUAAAGCUGAGACUUUCAUGAUCGAGUUGAAUUCCUCGGGGCUCAUAGUGACCCCGCAUCCAUAUAAUGAGAUGAUGAAACUUUACAUGGCUACGUCUGAGUAUGACAAAGUGCCUCUUGUGAUUGCAGAAAUGAAGCGAAACAAGAUAAGCCGAAAUGUUCUUUCUUAUAAUCUUUGGAUAGGUGCGUUUGGUGAGGUGUUUGAGGUUAAGAAAGCAGAGAUGGUUUACAAGGAAAUGGUGAGUGAUGAAAUUGUUGAGGUGGGAUGGAGUACGCUAGCUAGUUUGGCCAAUGUUUAUAUCAAGGCAGGGUUUGUUGAUAAAGCUCUUUUGGUGCUUAAAGAUGCGGAGAUGAAGUUGUCUACUAAUGGCCGCCUUGGUUAUUUCUUUCUCAUUACGUUGUAUUCGUCUCUGAAGAAUAAGGAGGGAGUUUUUCGGCUUUGGGAAGCUAGCAAAGCAGUUGGUGAGAGGAUCCCUUGUGCUGAUUAUAUGUGUGUAAUUUCAUGCUUGGUUAAGUUAGGUGACCUUGUAGCAGCAGAGCAGGUAUUUAUCGAAUGGGAGUCAAAUUGUUCCAAGUAUGACAUUAGAGUCUCGAAUGUGCUUCUAGGUGCUUAUGUACGGAAUGGAUUGACGGAAAAAGCUGAAUCAUUUCAUCUUCGUACCGUGGAUAGAGGGGGUACCCCAAUUACAAAACAUGGGAGAUCCUAA